CCACGUGGUUUCCACGCUAACGUAACAAAAAUGAAAUACCGCCGAGCGCCCUAGCGAGGGCCUUCGCCAUCAUAACCUCGCGUGUUCGAAUGGUGCCCUAGCCCAGGGGAGAUCUUUGUAGCCUCUUCCUCUGUUUCGCGAGCUCUUAGACUAUAGCCUGGAAUCGGGCUUCUUGUUUUACCUCUUUCUCCCUCUUCUAGUUAACGAGUGGCCGUUUCUUUUGAACUACUAGGGAGUGCGGAUUAUUUCUUCUGCAAAUUGCGUUUCAUUUUGAAGGUGUUGGCUUGGAAACGAUAUGGCUGGCCUUCCUGGGCUUGGCGGUUCAUCACCUGCUAAUCCGAAUCCGAACAAGUCAUUCGAGGUGCUUCCUGCCCCUACUGAUUCUAUUUCUAGCCUCACUUUCAGUCCAAAAGGGAAUUAUAUGGUAGCUACUUCUUGGGAUAAUCAGGUUAGAUGUUGGGAAAUUCUUGCUGGGAGUAGCCAGCCAAAGGCAUCAAUAUCACAUGACCAGCCGGUUCUAUGCUCAACUUGGAAAGACGAUGGAACAACUGUAUUUUCAGGUGGCUGUGAUAAACUGGUCAAAAUGUGGCCUUUAAUGUCUGGCGGCCAACCAACUCAAGUUGCAGCUCACGAUGAACCUAUCAAAGAGAUUGCUUGGAUCGAGCCAUUGAAAUGUCUUGUUACUGGGAGUUGGGACAAAACUCUUAGGUACUGGGAUACUAGGCAAGCACAGCCAGUUCACACUCAGCAACUUCCUGAAAGAUGCUAUGCUCUAACUGUGCGGUAUCCCUUGAUGGUUGUUGGCACUGCUGAUAGAAAUCUCAUAGUUUUUAAUUUACAAAAUCCUCAGACAGAGUUCAAGAGAAUUGUAUCUCCUCUGAAGUAUCAAACAAGAUGUCUGGCUGCAUUUCCUGAUCAACAAGGCUUUUUGAUUGGCUCAAUAGAAGGAAGAGUUGGUGUUCACCAUCUUGAUGACGCACAACAAAGCAAAAACUUUACAUUUAAGUGCCACAGAGAAGGCAAUGAAAUUUAUUCAGUAAAUUCAUUAAAUUUCCAUCCUGUACAUCAUACAUUUGCUACAUCAGGAUCCGAUGGAGCUUUCAACUUUUGGGAUAAAGAUAGCAAGCAAAGACUAAAAGCUAUGGUUAGAUGCCACUUUCCUAUCACUUGCAGUACGUUUAACCAGGAUGGAUCAAUAUUUGCUUAUGCUGUCUGUUAUGACUGGAGCAAGGGUGCAGAAAAUUAUAAUCCUGCAACAGCCAAGACAUACAUCUAUCUCCAUUCUCCGCAGGAAUCUGAGGUGAAGGGAAAACCGCGCAUUGGUUCCACUGGGCGCAAGUAACUCUGCAGUAUAUUCGCUCGGACCUGUAGUGCAUUAGUUGAAAACAAAUUAGAAAAUCUCAACGAGUGUCAAGUUCGAGCGCUCACCAAGCUCCACCCAAAAAAAAAAAAUGAAAAUAAAAAAAUACCAUAGAUGCCAAUAGGAGUAUUUAUCAUGUCUAUUUUCUUGUUUUCCUUAAAACUUUUAUGUUGCAGAUUGGAGUCCACAUUUUCAGUUUUUUUUUUGGUUGUUUUCCCAAAUGUAAUUCUUAUCCUUUUAGAUCCCUAUAAGCAAACAAAUCAGUGCGUGGUCAUUUAAAACUAAGAAGGGGCACAUACAUGCAUGCCACCCACUUAUGAUAUCUUUACAUAACUGUUGCCUGAA